UUCUGUGACACCGAUUUCCGUCAUGACUUCACAAAGAGACCUGGCAGAAGAUAGCCUAGGCGUUAUACGGCGGUGAUACUGUGAAAUUCUGGGGUUUAAAAACUGUAAAACAGCCCGGAUUUUGUCGCGGAAGGCGACACAGGGAAAACAUGAAGCGUUCUGGUCUCCUGCUCUGCACGUUCGGACUCAACCGAGUCUUACAGUUUGUUGUUCUCAUGUCCGUCUGCUGGAUAUAUCAGGAUAGCAGAGUGGAAGCGACGACAACCUGUGACUGUGCUGCGGACUGUGUGUCCUACUGUACUGCAGGUGUCAAUCUGGCCUUGGGGAAACCCACAGCACAGUCAAGUACGGAGCAUGGGGGAGUCGCCAAACGGGCAGUGGACGGCAACACUGACGGGGACUAUCACCGAGGGUCCUGCACCCACACGAACAACCAAGGCAGGCCCUGGUGGCGUGUAGACCUGGGCAGAUCACAAGCCAUCGACACAGUCGUCGUCUUCAACCGACAAGACUGCUGCCAGGGGAGACUGAACAACUUCCGGGUUCACGUCGGCGACUCUCCCACCGUGACGUCCAACCCGCAAUGCGGCGGGAACCACGGCGUGACAUCAGGGCGACAGAAGAUCACAGUGGACUGUACCGGUCGGAGCGGCCGAUAUGUCGGCAUCUCACUCCCUACCUACGAAAUUCUCACCCUAUGUGAGGUACGGGUCUAUGGAGGUGGAUGGCUGACCCGGAAAUCGUCAUGGGUCGUGAGCUCCGCUGGCACACCGCAUGUCAGCAACGGAGUGACAUAUGAUGCCGCAAAAGUCUUGGAUGGGGACAGUGCAACCUACUGGAACCCACAAGGUACCGACCGCUACUCCAACAACAGGUACAUCAUACUGGACCUUACAGCGCCCCACACUCUGACCCGCAUCGCGCUCAACAAUUACGGGGACACCAUACACGACAUCAAAGUCUUCAGAUUGCAAAACUCGCUCUCUGCGAGUCCGUACACCUGGGAGGACGUCAAGCCCGUCGAUAACGUGCGGGGAGGGACAAGCGAUCGUCAGGUGUUCGGCGGGUUCCAGGGAACCGCGCGGUACUGGAGGUUCGUCGUCACUCAGACCCACUCGGGCUGGCAGCCAUGGCUUAGAGAGCUGAACCUCUACGGAACGUCAGUUGAGUGUGUAUCUCCCCCGAGUCUUGGCUCAUCCGGGGUAGUAACAGCCAAUCCCAACUCCUCGUGUCCUGUUGCCGUCGGAAAUCCAUCCCCAGCUGCCCUGAUCGCAGUGAGCGUUGUUGCAGGAGUGGCGAUCGUCCUGGCUGUGGCAGUGUCCAUUCUGUACAUAGGAAACAGGCUCGAGCUGAGGAAGACCCAUGCUGAUCAGCCACUGCCUGGUCGCGACGCGAGCUACAGGAGCAUCCCCGGGCAGCAGUAUGAGACGAUCCCGGACACAGUCGCUGGUCCUCUGCCCAUUCCGGCUGCCAGGGUGCCGCCAGUGGUGAGACACACCGACGUAGAGCUACAGGCCAGGGCCUCGGGGACCGACAUAGGUCGCCAGGGGGAGGGCGAAGGAGGCAGGAAGAGACGGCAUCAAAUGGCCAAGGGCAGUCGCGGUGGUCCACGGGAUACCAACGCCGGAGGUCCUACCAACCGCGGUCCUAUUGGCGGGAUGCACCAUUCACCUCGGCCAGGGGGGACCAGGGUCCCUGCCGGAUCUCCAUGGACCCUUGAGCCUGACUACGACACGACUCCCGGCUACGUGUUCGAGAAUGACGGUGAGAGCGAAACGGAUGUGGAGUAGCUACCGAGGCAUCCAAACCGUGCCUGUCCCAACCCUUGCCUGUCCCAAACCGUGCCUGUCCCAAACCGUGCCUGUCCCAAACCGUGCC